AUUUUGGCUUCGUUUCUGCCAACCAUCCCAGUAUAUUAACCAAAAAGGGUCUGAAAUAAGCUUCGUGGAUGCAAAUGAUCACCUACUGCUAAAGACUCAGUUGAUGGAGUGCCUCAGAUCUUGAUCACUGAUAGCUGUCAUUACAACUACGUUAGUACUUGGCACUGGACUCUGGAGGCUGUGGGUUACGAAAACAAACCCGUGCGUUAGUGUCUCCGAAUUCAUAAUGUCUCUGAACUUUGACUGAAGAAUGAUGUGUUCAGGCUGGCCUUGGUUCUCGUGGUGGCCGUCGACGAUUUUCAUUUUUUUGGAACCGUUUCAUGCAUCUCCCAUUGUGGCGAAUGUAAUUUAUUUGUCACUUCAUCAUCGAGAGAUUAUUGCAGGCAGCAAAGAGAGGUGACAAGAAGUUACUGUUAUUUGGAGAUAAGUUAAGCAUUUUUUAGCUCGUGGGUAGGAAGGUAAAAGUUGUUACGCGCCAAAGCUUGAAUUACGACCAGUAAACCACAAGGCCAGAAAUUUACUAAAUGAAUGAUGAAAAGGUUUGUCCCUCACGAAUUUGCAGAAUGAUGCUGGAAAUGACCACUCUAAAGCUCAUCUAGCCCAGCAGGAAUCUAUAUAUUCUAAGGGCAGAAUGGAAACUCGACUACAGUUGGCUUUGCGGUGAGAAAAAUGGUUUAGUGCACGUCGAUUUGUUGGGUGUUUGUUGUGGGUAUUUGCAUUUAGAAGCGUUCGUGCGGCUUGAAGAUAUAAUAUUCCCGUGGUUGUCUUCGGCAAAGAAAUUGACCUUCAGAAUCGAACCGUUUACUACUGGAGAUCAUUUCCACUGUUGCGAGUUUGUUUUCAUGUUAUGGUCCUUUGGAUGGUUCGUGUAAGCCACGAGUCUGAGUACGAAGAGUUUUUGGGUGUAUAGGAUGUCGGGUGAGGGGUUUCGUAGAACAUUGCAAUUGUGAGGUGGAAUGAAAUCAUUUAGGGAGAAAUAAGUGGUAAGUAAGAUGUUGCCCCUUUUGAUUGCCAUGGCGGUGGUUGAGGCCGUGGUAGCAUAUUGUUUGGUUAGCAAGGUGACGCCGCUGGUCAAAUUAGGGCAGAAUGUUGUAGACGUGUUUAGAAGCAAUAAAGGAGCGAGAGUUGUUCUCAAAACUGUGACUGGGGUCGUCGCGGUUCGCUUAGCCAACGAUUUGAGUACAGUGAUGAAGCUUCACAGACAGAUGGAGAUAAGUGGAGCUCAUAUUGCCGAGCAGCUCGAAUCUCGGUCACAAUGGCUCGAGAUUACGUUAAUAUGUUUUGUUCUCAUUCUGAAGCUUGUGGUGAGCAGCUUAGACCUUUCCUUCAAGAGAGCUGAUGGUUUGAAGCGGGACGUGGAUGUUCUCAAGGGCAAACUUAAAGGUGCUGAAGCGGAGUAUGUCCGACUUCAAGAUGAGCUGAGUUCGAAGUCAGACAAGGAGUGUGAGGCACUGGCUGCAGAAGUGAAGUCGCAAAAAGGCAUCAUCACUACUUUGCGACAGAAGCUUGAGCAAGCCCAGGUCCAUAUUAAUUCAAAAGAGAAAGAACUCAAGAGUGUGGUAACAAAUUUGAAGACCCUUGAGAAACAGACGGAAGGCUUUCAGAACGAAUACACUCGAGUUUUAGAUGAUAAUGAGAACCUGCGUAUCCAGUUGUCACAGUUUGACCGUCAUCAUUCCAGUUCUGGCAGCAAAAAGAAUUCGUAACGAAAUUCGACAUUGAAAGCAUCUUGAUCCGGUAUCUGCGAAGCACCAUUUUGUUUACGAUUUUGAUUGUUGCAGCAAGAUUUCACUGCAGGUCUUUCAAGUAAUGGAAUGUUGUUGAUCGAGUCUUAGGUUCAAUGCACAAGCAAUCUCAUGAAAUAUGUGCAUCUGGCUGUGCAAACACAGUGGUCUUAUCAAAAACGUAAUGACGUGAAAGCUUUAAAGCUUUCUAAACGAUUUGGAGUGACUUCAACUUGCAAAGUUGCUAAAAUCUUGUAAUGGAGGAGAAUUAACUUAGUGAUGGGACCACCAUUAAAGCAACUUGUUGCUGAGUUUACAAAAUACAGCACAGAAUAUGAUACCACUUUAUGUUCAGUGGAACUCGGUAUUAGUUUGUACUCCAAUACUCGUACUUUAAAACAGAUUUAACUAGUAUUUUAGUAUUUUAGUAGAUAGAGGUCAAAGUUGCUUGGAAUCUCACCUUUAAUAACAUUCUAAUCGAAAGAGUUGUGCUCACUUUUUGGACUUAA